AUGGCUUUGGAAUCAGACCUUGUUUCAUGCCAACUUCAUCAGUGGAUCGACCUGAUUUUCGGUUACAAGCAACGAGGACCGGAAGCUGUGCGGGCUACCAACGUCUUCUACUAUUUGACUUAUGAAGGAGUGAUCGACCUCAGCUCAAUUGACGAUCCCGUAAUUCGACAGGCUCUUGAAAAUCAGAUCCGGAAUUUUGGUCAGACACCAGCGCAGCUGAUGACCGAACCCCAUCCGCCACGUCAGUCCAUCAUGACGAUAAGCCCGCUCAUGUUCCAGCCAAUUUCCGAAGACCUGUGCAUGAUCAUGAAAUUCAUCAGCAACAGCCCUGUUGUGCACUUGUCAGCGAACACAAACGCCCAAUUACCAAAUCCAACCGUGAUCAGUAUUACGGCAAGUUUGGGCUUCGCCCUGAACCGCUGGAACAACAACUACGCAGGCACAAACACCUCUAGACUCGGCACCCCUGUUUCUGAAUCGAAUCAGACCGCUCUUCCCAGUCUUCCGCUGACAGUGGAUCCACUUUUGGCAACAGGUAAUCCUGCUACUCCGUUAGCCCGACGACAACUCGGGGACCUGUUUGAUCAACGACUUGGUGUACAUUGGCACAAUUUCAUAACAACGAGCGAUUCAAAGUUUAUCUUUGCCUGUGGCUACCCGGACAACAGCUUCCGGAUCAUCGACACGGACAAUGCUCGUGUGCGGCAGGUGGUCUAUGGACACAAAGCGGUGGUCAGCGUCUUGGCGAGGUCAGAAUGCAACAUCACGGCAGACUGUUUCGUCGCUUCCGGUUCACACGACUGCACCGUACUGCUCUGGCACUGGAGCUCCAGGGUCCAGUACCUGGUCGGUGACCAUAGUUCUAACGGCGAGUCCGUAUCGCCGAAAGUCAUCCUGAUCGGUCACGACAGCGAAAUCACAGCCAUCAUCGUUUCUGCGGAACACGGUCUUGUCGUCAGCGCAUCGGCAAACGGCCCAGUACUGAUCCAUACCACACAAGGAGACCUGCUACGAUCUCUGAAGCCGCUCAACACCACCUUCCGACGGCCCCGUUUCUUACUUAUCUCACGCGAGUGCUACGUUCUCGUUUGCUACGAUGCUGGCAACCUUUGUCUGUUUACUACGUCCGGACGUCUCUUAAAGGAAGUGGAGACCAGGAGUCAGAUUACAGUAAUAUUUUUUUCACAUUCAUUGCACAACAUAAUAAAAGCCGUUUUAAUGCAUGUCAGUUUCUGCUUCCUUUAAAU